ACAGCCGGGGAGUAGUCAAACAGUCAGCGAUCUGCGAGGAAAGAGAAGGGGGAAACGACAGAGAGGAGCGACAGCCUGGGUCCAGCGGGGUUGUCUCCCCCCAUACAACAAUAAUGCUCAUCUCGCCGCUGUCGCUUUCUCGCAGGUGUCUGCUUCCCAGUCGCUGAAUGGCGCUGGUUACCGUGCAGCGUUCACCGACCCCCAGCACCAGCUCCAGCCCCUGCGUUUCGGAGUCCGGCAGUGGGGAGGAUGACCGUCGCUCUCAACCGAGGAGCAUCAGUGAAAGUUUCCUGACAGUCAAAGGAGCUGCUCUUUUUUUACCUCGAGGAAAUGGCUCCUCCACGUCUUCUGCCUCCCGCUUUUCGCAGCUGCGCAGCAAACAUGCAGGAGACAUCCAGCAGCACCUACAAACCAUGUUCACUCUCCUCAGACCAGAGGACAACAUCAAAUUGGCGGUUCGUUUGGAGAGUGUCCACCCUCAGAUCACCCGCUACAUGGUGGUGGUUUCAACCAACGGUCGUCAGGAUACGGAGGAGAGCGUGGUGCUGGGGAUGGAUUUCAGUCCUGUAGACAGUUCAUGUUCUGUAGGGCUGAUUUUGCCCUUAUGGAGCGACACGUUGAUCCACCUGGAUGGAGACGGAGGUUUUAGUGUGUCAACGGAUAGCAGAGUGCAUGUUUUCAAGCCCGUUUCUGUGCAGGCCAUGUGGUCGGCCCUCCAGUCACUCCAUAAAGCGUGUGAGGUGGCUCGUUGUCAUAACUACUUCCCAGGCAGCUUGUUCCUCACCUGGGUCAGCUACUAUCAAAGCAGGGUCUCCUCCGACCAGGCACGCAUCAACGAGUGGAAUGCCAUGCAGGAUGUGCAGUCACACCGAGCCGACUCACCCGUCCUUUUCUCUGAUGCACCUACAGAAAGAGAGCUGACGGAGCGUCAGAUCAAAACAAGUUUGCGGGAGAUAAUGAUGCAGAAAGACCUCGAGAAUGUCACCUGCAAAGAGAUCCGAACAGAGCUGGAGAUGCACAUGACCUGCAACCUGCGAGAGUUCAAGGAGUACAUCGACAAUGAGAUGAUAGUCAUUCUGGGCCAGAUGGACAGUCCCACAGAGAUCUUUGAUCACGUCUUUUUGGGAUCAGAGUGGAAUGCAUCCAAUUUGGAGGAGUUGCAGAACAGCGGUGUUCAGUACAUCCUGAAUGUAACGAGGGAGAUCGAUAACUUCUUCCCCGGUGUGUUCGAGUACCACAACAUCCGUGUGUAUGAUGAGGAGGCCACUGACCUGCUCGCCUACUGGAAUGACACCUACAAGUUUAUAUCUAGAGCAAAGAAAGCUGGGUCCAAGUGUCUGGUGCACUGUAAAAUGGGUAUAAGUCGCUCCGCGGCCACAGUGAUCGCGUACGCCAUGAAGGAGUAUGGCUGGGACUUGAACAAGGCGUUUGAUUAUGUCAAGGAGCGCAGAGCUGUGACCAAACCUAACCCCUCUUUUAUGAGACAGCUGGAGGAGUAUCAGGGCAUACUACUGGCCAGUCGGCAGAGGCACAACAAACUGUGGCGCUCACACUCUGACAGCGACCUGUCUGAUCACCACGAACCGCUUUCAAAAUCCCAUGUCCAACCUCACAGCCUGGGCCGCUCGGACCCCCAUAAUCAGGCCAGCAGUGCGCCUGGACCGUCUGUCAAAGAACUGCUGGAAUCGCUGGGAAGUUCGGCCAGCACAAAGAAAGCGACACACUCGACCAGCCAGCCUGAUACUGGCAUCCACUCCAAUCAGCCCAGCUUCCCGCUGUGCGAGCGGGUGGCAGAUCCGUCGGGUCCGGAGACUCCCUCUGUAGCUCAAAGCAGUCGGCUGGAUCCCCCGUGCUCUGAAUCCACAGCUGGCUCUGUGUCUCUGUUACCUCCUGCGCUCUCCAACGGCGUAUGCGGCGCCGCGGAGCAGCCGCCGUCGCCUCCUCUCUCCCAGCCAAGGGCUGCCACUGUGGUGCCAGAGCCUCAAAAGACAGACAUUGUGACUGUUGCCGAGAGUGUUUUAGUGGGCCAGCCUCACCCCCCUCCCUCAGUUCACCACCUCCCACUCUCUCCUGCUCCAACUCCAGCCUCUUUAGAUGGGGGUAACACUCCACAGGAGUUGUCCUGCCCCCUGCCAGCGACAAAACCGAUGGUAGAGUCAGUGUGUGAGCCUACGUCAACACCAACUCCAUCAAGCACGCAGUCCACUGAACCCCUGUGUCCGUCUGUACCGGUGCCUGUUAAAACUCCAGACGGUAACCAGCAGAUAUGUGACCCCAGUUUGGACGGUUCGGCGGCGCAUCCUCCCUCUGAUAGUGAUUUUAACAGUAAUCCCAGUGCCAUGCCACGGGACAGUGAGAUGAUGUUGGGCCACAGUGCAGAUCACAUUAACUUUUUCAGUGCCAGGGAAAAGUUCAAGGGCAUGAGUCAAGAUGGUAAAAGUCAGUGUGCUGUGCCGCAGCAGUCACCCCUGCUGAAGAGCUGUGCCAAGGAACCACAACUGCUGCUGCUUCCAGAUGUUUCCACCAGAGAUGGGAAGGAGGAGGAGAACGGAAAGGAAAUGAGCGUCCCUGUGCAGGUCACAGGAGUGAAGCCCGCAGUGAACCCCGAGACUCCUGGCCCUCCGAGCCGACCGCAGGACGUUCACGACCAGGGUGUGAAGACAUCCUCGCAGGAAAUAGAGGAUGCACAUGCCUCAUCUCCGAAAGAAGCUGAGAAUGUGAAAGAGAAAGUGAAAAACAAAGAAGUGGAGGAGGAGGAGGAGGAGGAGGUGGUGGAUACAGCUCGACUCUACAGGGACUGGACGAGGGGCUCUGUGCGGCGUGUCACACAACAGCUGGAGCAAAGAAUGAAAGAGGAACAUGAGACUCCUGCAGCGGCCUCCUUGCCACCAUCUAGUAGCACCUCCUUCUCGCAUCGGCGUUCUCUCAGUGUCGACUCUGCUCCUGAGACGCAUUUUCAGGACGUGUCUGUAGUUACCUCUGUGCAGGAGGAGAGCGACUGGACUUUAGGAUCAGGGAAAAGUAAGAGUGGUGAUAUAGUUGAGAUAGAGGCGCUAGGAAAUAACAACAGAAGCACAAAAGGACACAAACUCCAGCCUGCUGAUACUAGAUUGCUCUCUACCUCGUAUCCAUUCCACCACAUCCCCCUUUCGCCCUUUGCCUCUGUGAACUUCCUGUGUCUGGAGGGCGUGACGGAGCUCGAGUCCGGCACAGACCGGGACUGCUUCACAGAGGAACCCCACAGUGACAUUAUCAUGCGGGAGAUGUGGGAGACUUUGUGUGAGCUGGGUGCCUUCCUGCAGCAGGUGAGCACAGAGGGAGCCUGCAAGACCAGUUGUGUGGACCAGGUUUUUUGCCACAGUGCUGGAAGCACCCAGGCGCGAAGUAGCAGCUUCCAGAAGAGGGUCAGAGAGGUGGAGGCCAGGAUUCGCCAGGCAGGCUUGACCCCUCCAUCCCUGAUGAAGCGCUCGGCCUCUCUCGCCAAGCUCGGCUGUCUGGAGCUACUCGCCAAUGACCUGAGUGAGUGGGAGCUCAGUCGCUCCCCCGUGACUACGCCAUCUACGGCACAACCUCCGGCUCACACCAGUGACGAGUCCAAGAAGCAGCGAGUCCACACCUGUCUCGCAGCAGCUGACCAUCAGCCCGAUGUCCCCGGAGUGGAUGUGGAGAGUUUCUCUGAAGCGGGAGAAACCUCGACGAAAGUCUCUCCACCAACGUGUCAGAGUGAAGAAAACCUGAGCAAUCCUGGCCUUAAAUCUCUGCAUUCGCCCGCACUCACUCUUAUAACACGGCAGCAGUAUGGAAGGACUCACCCGCUAAGAAGGCUUAAGAAAAGAACUGUUAGUACUCUUUACCACACCAUGUAACCCUCACAGUGCGAGUGUGAGAGAGUGUGUUUGAAUGUGUGAGAGAGAGAGAACAUAAUGUUGCCUGAAGUGAAAGUGUCGGGAUUUAUUCAGCGAAACAAACCAAUGCCUCUUGCCUUAAAGGAUAUGAAUAGCCUCUGUAAAAAAUCUGUGAUAGGAGACGCACGCGAGUCUCAGCACAAAGGCGGUGAUGAGGCUAUGAAGGUCUUGGUGACGUGAAACAACACUGAAGUUGAACGCAGCAAACACAAUCAUCUGAUUGUAUAUUUGGUAACAAAUGUUACGACACCUGAGCCUGCACACACACACACACACACACACACACACAGCCUUUUAUAUCUUUGCUGGUUUCUCCCAUCGACAACCUGAUAUUUACUUGACUGCUGUUGGUCGACAGGAUAGUUCAGCCUUUUUUGUUUUUUUAAUCUACUUGUCCUUCCACGUCUCAGGACAAGGCUGUCCUCCUUGUACAGUCUGUUGGUAAAUAAAUGCCACCAGUUAAAGUCGGUUCUGCUGUUUUGAGACUAGAUGUAUGCAUGAGUUGUGCAAAGCUCAGGUGGAACCACAGACAUUAUUUUGUUUUUUUUCCCUUCCCAAAGAAAUGUGUGACCAGAGGCUGGUGAUAUAAAGUCGUCGUAUAAUGUGUCCAGUGGUUUAUCGAAACAAAACUGCCAAGUGAAGAGGCAACGCUGUUUCUUUUAUCUGUACUUUUUUAACUGCACAAUACCUCAGUACAUCUGAAGCAAAUCUGACCUACACAAGCAUCGGGGUCCGGAUUACUGGAAUGUUUUUGUCUCUGUUUUGAUCGGAAACGGUUUUAAAUUUCACUACAUUUUGAACUGAAGUAAAAAUGUGUCUUUCAUGUUCUCUCACAGUUCUGAUGCCACUCAGACUAUUUUUUUUUUUUUAUUUUUAAAUGUAUCGCUGUGUGUGAGAAAAG